AUGAUCGACGAAACAGAUCUCUUCCGUCGCAUUGACGAGUUAAUCAAUAAAAGCCCGAUACUGUCUCCCGUACUGACCAGUUAUAUCGAAAAGACUCCAACGGAAACCUCAAAGCCCGCGUCUCUACGUUUUGGACCAUACCCUCCAGAUCUGCUACCCUCUUCACGAUCUAAAGACACCACGACUCCGACCGCCACGGUCGUAUUAGGACGUUCGACCUACGCCACCGUUAAGACUCGCUCGUCGAUCGCGCGUCGCGCGAAACCGCGCCGAAAAGCUAUCAAGGACUCGGAAGAGACGCCAUUGCAACCCCCUAGCCGAUUAGGUCCGGUCAUACAGUCACCACAGAAAAACACAUUAAAUUCUAAAGAAGGUUAGGCGAGCUCUUCGGCGAUCUAUAUUCGAUCGCUAAGAGUAACAAUGUCUCCUAAUGAGACGACGCCACCCGUUACUACUACGAAGAAGAGACCGUUGCCGACCCCUUCCUCCCCUGGUAGACAGGUCAGGUUCGGCCGAAAGUCGAAACGACUACGCCUUGAAGUCGAACCUUAAGCCGGUGCGAAUGGAUUUGAG